UAAAGGGAAGUGCGUCGAUGAUGGCAGCGGCAGGAAUGCAUUCAUGACUCUUAUAGCAUCUUGACAUUCCGAGUCAAUUCGGCGUUCCGGACAUGUGGAUGCAAGCCAUACACCACUGGAUCUCUCUCGCCGCUGCAGAUCUUCUUGGGGCUGCGUGCGGUUUCGAAGCUAUCACAGCUAGCGCACCUACUUCGCAGCCGUGUCACUCGAUGAGAUGGCACGACGAGGAUGAACUUAGGUCCUACGUCACACGGGUGGCUUUCUGUCUCUUGGGCGUUUGUCCAUGCUACCAAUCCGUGAAUGAGAAGGUUGCUGCCACAAUCAUUUGGCCAGCAGGAGUCAUGGCGCUUGACUGCUGAAAGAUGAUCGAGGAGAAGUCACGAGUCACACCGCACCUGCGAAUGUGGAUGAGUGCUGAAUU